AUGCUGCGGCUAAUGGGCCUCGUUGUGUGGAUGAGCAAGGCCGAGAUGAGCUCCUGGGACUACACGCGCCAGGACAGCUCCUGGGGGCGCCUCUGCGUCGGCCACUUUCAGAGCCCGAUCGACAUCGAGCCCAAGCACGCGGUGCAGGGUGACUUCGAGAUCCGCAUGCUGUAUCGCCCCUUGCGGCUACAGGACGUGGAGUCGGCGGGUGUGGACCCGGAUGGCGUGCCGCGCAUUCGGUUCAAGCAAGGGCACCCUGUGGGGAAGGUGCAGAUCGGCAGCGGCUACGGCGACUUCGACGAGUACAGCCUCUCGGCGAUCGAGGUCCACGCCCCCAGCGAGCACACGCUGCGCGAGGCCAGCUGGGCCCUGGAGGUGCAGCUCUGGCAUGAUCCCAUGCCGGUGAGCCGCACGGACAAGCUCCAGCAGCACACACAGGAGCUGCUGGAGGAAUUGCAGGACUCCGACAACCGCUUCGCCGCCCUGGAGCGGUCCCAGGCCACGCUCCGGAAGCAGCUCAAUGGCGAGGCCACCCCGUGGACCGGCAAAGCCAACGAGGGUGCCGGGGUGCAACAGGCCGAGGACUGGGUCGAUGCGGCCAAGGCCGACAUCUCCGAAGUCAGCAAGCUUCUCCAGCAGGACAUGAAGGGUGUCACCCAACGUGCCAUGAAACUCCAGGAGGAGGUCAAGGGCCUCGUCACAGCGCAGAAGCGCCGCUUUGCGGGCUUCCGAGUGGCCCUGUCCUUGUUCAUCCUCCGGGCAUCACCGGUCUUCCUGGGUGAGAUGAAUGGCACGGCCACCUCGUUGGUGAGGUGGCUCUCGCAGGCCCUUGCCGCCAACAAGGACUCGGACUCUGCCGCCUUGGAGCUCGAGGCCGUCAUCGGCAGCGGCAAGGACCUCUACAGCUACGAAGGCAGUGUGCCUCGGCCCCCGUGCACGCCCAACGUGCGCUGGUUUGUGCUAGGAGACCCGCAGCCUUCUGACAUCGAGCAGCUCUCGAUCCUGCUCAAGGAGACGCAGCUCGCAGGACGCGUGCACGGCAACGCGCGGCAGGUGCAGCCUUUCGGCCCGUCCAGGAGGCUGCAAGUCGUGCAGACCAACUGGAAGGUCUUCGAAGCGCCUGUGAUAGUCGCGGCGGAGUCGAUGUCUCCGGGAAGGCAAAAGAUGAUCCUUAUCGAGAGAUACUGCAAGGUCUUUGUCCUGUGCUCCGUCUUUCUGAUCUGCACGCCGCUCUUCUUCCGCAUCUACAACAGCUGCCAAGAGGACGACGAGGACACGGGCUGGGAUGCCUCGCCCAUGUCGCCCACGUCGCCCAUGGUUCGGCCACCGAGUCUCGAAGGGGCUGAUGGCAGGAGGGUGGAAAUGGUCUUCACGGAGUUCUCAAAGCACACCUGA